GCAUCUCUCCUUCUCACUGCACCAGGGCUGAGGGACUCUUCGUCCCCUCGCUUCCCUCACUGCAGAUUUAACUCAUUUCCAUCAGCGCAGUCAUCUUUUUUUUUUUUCCUUGCUUUUUACUUGCUGCUUUUGACAGAUGCAUUGCAUUCAUCUCUUUCUGUAUGCCAGGAUCUAAGGAUUUAUUUAUUAAAAACGUGGGUUGUCCUGUUAAAUGGAAUUAAAAGGGGGACGUUUACAGAGGACAGUGCUUAAAACUGGGACUCCGACUAGGACUUGGUCUUUUCUUUAUGCUAGUAGAGUGGAUUCCCCUUUUGUUGCACUGCCAGUGUUUUGUUCAGGGCGACAGACAUACUGAGAAAGGAGUUGUAGGACCUCAUACCUCUACAACUAAACAGAACGCAUACUUCAAAGGACCAAAGCAAGUUAGAAAAUCUCUGGUUCCAUCAAGCACUUGAGGAGAAGGUGCUAAGCCUUCCCUGCCAAUGCUUCAGAAUGUCACAACAAAAAUGCAAGUAAUAAGUUUAUGGGAUAAAUAUAAGGAUUGCCGAUUGAUCCCCACACCCCUCUCUGCAAGUGUCUGCCACAGGAUUGCUGAGGAGUCGAAGUGAGUGGAGCGCUGAGUUAUUCAGCUGGCCUCUCGUUGCUCCAGGAGAGUCCUUCCACCUGCCUGCAUGGGAGUCUGACAUUUAACACUUUCAUCAGCUACUGGACUUUUACAUUUGUUUGUCUUUUGCAACUUGCAGUCCAGAACACUGAGAGGCAAGUUUGCACAUUUGGAUUUAAAGUUUAAAUCACUUUAAUGGCAGAACAUCCAGACAUUUUGAUGCACUUGGUUUUACCUCAUUCUGCCUAGGGAUGCCUUGUAAACACAUUUUCCCCCCAGCGCCAUGUGUGCUGAGAGAGCUGUGACAUUAUCUCCUGCGGAGAUCCCCAUGUUGUUCUAGCCUGUGACUGUGUUUUGAUUCAGACAAUAGCUGGGCAUACAUGGGUUCCAGACACUGACCAGACGACCACCAAAAUAAGGGAAGCCUGCUGUUACAUAGUAAACACACUAGCACCCAUGGCACAGUGAAACUUUGGAUUGAAUUGAAUCGUUGAUUCGCAGAGAUGGAUUUAAUUUUCUUCUCCAGAGUUUGGUAUACACCAAGAAAGACUCCUGAAAACCUUUUUUCCCCCCUAAGUAAUGGUUACCUAAAAUGUAUUUUUUGAAAGGUAACUGCACUGCAAAUUUUAUCUGAUCUCUAGGUGGGAAAUAGGAGCCGUAUGCUGCUGACUUAUUUGAUCUCCUGUGAGGAUCUGUCAAGAGAGAAGAGCAUUGUGUUUUGCUUCAUGCUUUAACCUCUUCAUAUGGUGUCCUCGCUGGCAUGCUCUGUGCUCUCCGCCCUUGUGAGGACAGCUUAUGCCCUCAGCCUCCCAGUGGCAACCCUUGUUAGAAUCAGACGAUGAGGCCACAGACUGGCAGGCAAAGCAGCAGGGAAAUUCGCCUUUGGAAUAGAUGCUGGCCACAGCACUGAUGUUACCCUGCUUUAGAUCUACUGAAGGAAUACAGCUUUUUUUUUUUCUCUGCUCCUGACUGUUACCCACCCACUACUUUCACUAACCAUGAGUGAUUGGAAAAGGAGAGCUAAACAGGUUGUCCUACCCUCCCAGAAGCUCUAUUGAUUUUCCUCCAGUCAGUGUUCAUUUGACUGAGACCCAGCUAUGUGAGAGUAAGGUGAAAGAGAGAGUGAGUGUGCUAGAGAGAGUAUUGAGCUCCAUUAAACUGAGGGAGGCUGCAGACACCCAGUGUAGAGCAGGUUGGGCAGGCAGUUCUCCAGUUUCAGGCUAGCUGCCUUAUGGGUGGCACACCACAAACCUGACCCACCUGGAUAGCACCCAGAACAAUGAACCAGUCUGAACUGACAACGGACCCGGUGCUCACUGCCAACAGCAGCCAUGGAGACUUCUUUCCUGGCAGGGCCUCAAACCACUCUUGUCCCUUGGGAUGGGGGCUGAACGAAGGCCUAGAGGCUUGCGCCCUGGAGACUGCUGUCAUUGUACUUCUGACAGUGCUCAUUAUUGCAGGGAACCUGACGGUGAUCUUUGUGUUCCAUUGUGCCCCUCUGCUACACCACUACACCACCAGCUACUUCAUUCAGACCAUGGCCUACGCUGACCUGCUGGUGGGUCUUAGCUGCCUGGUGCCCACCCUGUCUCUUCUCCACUACCCAGCAGGUGUCCAGGAGCCAGUCACAUGUCAGGUCUUCAGCUAUGUGAUCUCUGUUCUGAAGAGUGUUUCAAUGGCCUGCUUGGCUUGUAUCAGUGUGGACCGCUACCUGGCCAUAACUAAACCACUAUCUUACAACCAGCUGGUGACGCCAUGCCGGCUACGAGGCUGCAUCACCCUAAUCUGGGUCUACUCUAGCUUGGUUUUCUUGCCCUCCUUCUUUGGGUGGGGUAAGCCAGGCUAUCAUGGGGACAUUUUUGAGUGGUGUGCUCAUUCGUGGCCCACCUCUGCCCUUUUUACAGGCUUUGUGGUGUGUUUGCUCUAUGCACCUGCUGCACUUGUGGUUUGUUUUACCUAUUACCAUAUCUUUCGCAUUUGCCAGCAGCACAACAGGGAGAUCAGUGAACGACGGGCACGUUUCCCCAGCCAGGAGAUGGAGGCUGGUGAGGGGGGUGGCGGUGGGCAUCACGGAGGGCAUGGACCAGAUCGGCGCUAUGCGAUGGUGCUCUUCCGCAUCACCAGCGUUUUCUAUAUGCUUUGGUUGCCCUACAUAAUCUACUUCCUGCUAGAGAGCUCCCAUGUGCUGGAUAGCCCUGCCCUCUCCUUCAUCACCACCUGGCUGGCAAUUAGCAACAGCUUUUGUAACUGUGUCAUCUACAGCCUGUCUAAUAGUGUGUUCCGCCUGGGCAUGCGUAGACUCUCGCAGACGAUUUGCUCCUUCAGCCACUGCGCAGCCGAUGACAGGGACUUUGGGGAACCUAAACCAAGGAAGAGGGCAAACUCAUGCUCCAUCUGAAGGGAUGACUUUUACAGGAUGAGGAUAAUCCUGGAAUCUAUGAAUGGGAAACAGGAGCUUAGCAGCUAGUUAACUUUCAGUUAAAUUGGCAGGGCUUAACCAAGCAGAAAACAAUUUCUGUUGUAUUAGCCUAUUGGCUGACACAAGUGAUAUUGCCUUGGUCACAAUAAACCAUGGUUUAUUGCAUUACAAGCUUUUCAAGGAGAUGGAUGCAGUGUCUAAACAGAGAUUUAAUGAGAUGGGCACUCUGUGAUGGCUUUUAUUCUAUUGUAUGUAAUUUAGCUGUGGAUCACAUAGAAAGUUGUCUCCCCAUGGCUUUCUCAGUGUUUACAUCUCACUGUAUGUCAUCAGCCAGGUCAGACAUAGUGGGAAGACAAAACUGUAAACUCUAAAAGAUUCACAAAUAUUUCCUCAGACAUCAAAUGUGACCACACCAUUUCAUGCCUGUUAAAUUUGUUGUUGUGAUUUGGAUCGACCUUCUAGUCUCCGUACUUUCUAUGACUGUCAUUAGCAGAGACAAGAUAACCUACACUUACUUGUGUUCACAAACCUGUUUAAAGGUUGUAAAUGGAUAUUUAAUUUUUUAACUGUAUAAACACACAGUGACAAUGACGACAGCCAUUAUGCUGCUGAUAAAUAACAUGGCGUAUGGCCUUGACUGUUUUCUAGAGGAAAGUGAACAGUCCCUUUCUGCUGAAGUAUUUGUGUUGAGUCUGUAAACAUGAUGUGGGCAGGUGAACAGGAGAGAGAUGCAAAAAAAAAAAAGUCACGAUGUACCGGUCAGGUGUUCUGCCACAUUUUUUCCUAUCAAUACAGUGAUUGGCCCAUCGCCGAUCUGACAGUUGGUUGAAAUUUGGAUUAACUUGUUUACUCAGACCUUCUGAUAUAGCACUGCGGAGAUAGUUUUGCAAAACAUACUGCUACAUCACAGCAUUAGACCAAGGACUGUAAAUGAAGUUAAAAUUCCCCAAAACGGGAAUUAAUUAAGUUUUCACUUGACUUAACAUGGUUACUCAUCUAUAAUGUAGAUAAAUGUGUAGUAAAUAUUAGCUGAUUAGACAAAGGAUGUGUUGGGUUGACGCUGAGGCCUCUAUAUUGAGGGCAGUGAACUGAUGCUCUCAACAGAUAACUACCCAGAGUUUUUUCCCAAUGUCCCCACUUGCGCUUAUGAAAUAGCCCAUCAGUGCCAGGAUUCCCACCAUUGGCUUGGCAUUUCUGAUAUGGCUGUGUUAGGAGUAUUCUGCAGUAUUCUAACAGUUUGAUGCAUGAGCGCAUAUGGAGAAGUAUACAGGAUAGUGAACAAAACAGAAUUGCCAAAAUACAACGCCAUUAUCUAAUUAUUAAUUUCAUAUUAUUAUUUUUAAUGGAAAAGGAAGUUAAAUUUGUAUAAUUUUACUUUAGAAACAGAAUUCUGUAAAUGAGCUCACUUAUGGGUCACUUAUAUGUAAGAAAAGUGAUAGCAGUGGCAGUGUAGACCUGAAAAUGUAGCCUGGUUUUGGGUGCUUUGCAUCAGUGACAGUUAUCUUUGUUGAAGAUGAUUGUGGAUUUUAUUUCCCAGCAGUGGUGGACAGGGGCUCAGGUGAUCUGAUCUGCCUGGAGGUUGCUGUGAGGUUAAAACUGAUGUGAAAUUACAUGCUUUGAUGUGGUAAAGGUUUAAGACUAUCAGUAGCUUAUCUCGUGGUGGUUUGUUAAACUGCAGACUGGACAAUCCUCAUUACUUUUAAUUUGUCCCACUCUCUCUCAGCUGUACCAGUUCUGUUGCUGAUAAAACAUGAAAUGUUACUGCCCUGAAACUACAGGCCUGUAUGUCUUGCAGACUUCUCAAUGCUUUUGUGAACAAACACAGUAUUUAGUGGGCACUUCUCACAGUGUCAAACCUAACUGGGAAUUACACUGUAAUUUUUUUGG